GUUAUUGAAGCCAUGCUACCACCGUUUCGCUGUGUGAAACAUUACACGGACAGAAGUGUGAACGAGUUAAGAAAGAAUUUCAUCGCUAAGAGGCAGACAAGAAAAAGAUAAAUCUGCCAUUACGUGUAAUGUUUAAAUGGAAGUGAAAGAGGAGACGUGUGAGGCUGACCUGAAUAUCAUGGAGGAGAGGACCGUAAAUGUUAAGGAGGAGGACUGUGAUUGGGAGAGUGUCCACCCUAAACAGGAGGGUCUGGACAUCAAGGAAGAGGACAGUGAACUGAGGUCAGUGAGCUUUAAAGAUGAGGAUGAAGAUGAGUGUGUCAGCACUGAGAUACACCACUAUAGGAGUAUGGAGAGUGUCAAGGAAGAUGACCUUCAUUAUGGACAUCAAGAUAUAGCAGUGACCAAGUUAGUCUCUUCUCAUAGUAGACACUCUUCAUCUCCGGAGUCUUCUAUUAAUGUAAAAUAUGAAUCAUUACAGUCUGACACAAAGGGGACUGAAGGAAUUUCAUCUCCUAGAACUGAGGAAGGCCAGACACCACCUAAGAUGUCAUCUGAAACAAGUAUCAGACUUCACUGCUGUUCUGAAUGUGGCAAAGAGUUUUCUGACAUGAGUAAUCUUCAGAGCCACAAAACAAUUCACACAGGAGAGAAGCCAUAUUGCUGUUCUGAAUGUGGCAAAGAGUUUUCACAAAGACACAGCCUUUUGACUCACAAAAGAAUUCACACAGGGGAGAAGCCGUAUUGUUGCCCUGAAUGUGGAAAACAGUUUUCACAGAGAAGCUAUCUUCAGGUCCACCAAAGAAUUCACACAGGGCAGAAGCCAUAUUGUUGUUCUGAAUGUGGCAAACAGUUUUCACAAAGAGGCCAACUUCAGUACCAUGAAAGAAUUCACACAGCGGAGAAGCCAUAUUGCUGUUCUGAAUGUGGCAAACAGUUUUCACAAAGAAGUCAACUUCAGUGCCAUAAAAGAAUUCACACAGGUGAGAAGCCAUAUUGUUGCACUGACUGUGGCAAAGAGUUUUCACUAAGGCACAGCCUUUUAACUCACAAAAGAAUUCACACAGGUGAGAAGCCAUAUUGCUGUUCUGAAUGUGGCAAACAGUUUACACAAAGAAACCAACUUCAGUGCCAUAAAAGAAUUCACACAGGGGAGAAACCAUAUUGUUGUUCUGAAUGUGGCAAACAGUUUUCACUAAGGCACAACCUUUUGACUCACAAAAGAAUUCACACAGGAGAGAAGCCAUAUUGCUGUACUGAUUGUGGCAAACAAUUUUCACGGAGAAGCUAUCUUCAGAGCCACAAAAUAAUUCACACAGGAGAGAAGCCGUAUUGCUGUUCUGAAUGUGGCAAGCAAUUUUCACGAAGAAGCAACCUUUCGAUUCAUAAAAGAGUUCACACAGGAGAAAAGCCAUAUUGCUGCCCUGAAUGUGGGAAACAAUUCUCUCACAGUAGUACUCUUCAGACACACAAAAGCAUUCACACAGGAGAGAAGCCGUAUUGCUGUUCUGAAUGUGGCAAAACGUUUUCACAGAGAAGCGGUCUUCAGAGCCACCAAAGAAUUCACACAGGAGAGAAGCCAUAUUGCUGUUCUGAAUGUGUCAAACAAUUCAGAGACAAGGGUAGUCUUCACAGCCACCAAAAAAUUCACACAGGAGAGAAGCUUUAUUGUUGUUCUGAAUGUGGCAAACAAUUAAAUGACAAGAGUAAUCUUCAGGUUCACCAAAGAAUUCACAUAGGAGAAAAGCCCUUUUCUUGUUCUGAAUGUGGUAAAAAAUUCUUUCACAAACAUAGUGUUCAGAAACACCAAAGAAUUCACACAGGAGAUAAGCCAUUUUGUUGUUUUGAAUGUGGCAAACAAUUCUAUGACAAGAGUAGUCUUGAUGUUCACCAAAGAAUUCACACAGGCGAGAAGCCCUAUUGUUGUUCUGAAUGUGGCAAACAAUUCAGAGACAAGGGUAGUCUUCGCACCCACCAAAGAAUUCACACAGGAGAGAAGCCAUUUUGUUGUUUUGAAUGUGGCAAACAAUUCUAUGACAAGAGUAGUCUUGAUGUUCACCAAAGAAUUCACACAGGAGAGAAGCCCUAUUGUUGUUCUGAAUGUGGCAAACAAUUCAGAGACAAGGGUAGUCUUCGCACCCACCAAAGAAUUCACACAGGAGAGAAGCCAUUUUGUUGUUUUGAAUGUGGCAAACAAUUCUAUGACAAGAGUAGUCUUGAUGUUCACCAAAGAAUUCACACAGGAGAGAAGCCCUAUUGUUGUUCUGAAUGUGGCAAACAAUUCAGAGACAAGGGUAGUCUUCGCACCCACCAAAGAAUUCACACAGGACAGAAGCCCUAUUGUUGUUCUGAAUGUGGCAAACAUUUUUUACGAAGAGACCAUCUUCAGAGGCACAAAAGAAUUCACUCAGACGUGAAGCCUCAUUGUGGUUUUGAAUGUGGAAAACAAUUCAGAGACAAGAGUACUCUUCAGAAACACCAAAGAAAUCACACUGGAGAGAAGAAAACACAAACAAGUUCUACGGAAAGUUAUGUGGGGAAAAUGACCUGA